AUGCCCGAUCUGGCGUUGUACACGUGGAAUGCGUGGCUGGUCGAGAUGGUGCUCAACCGCUACGUCAAUGCGAGCUGCAAUCAGGCGAGGGUUCAGUCGCUCGUUGAAAAAGUUCGCGAGGCUUUUGUGGAAGUUUUCGAUGAGAAUACAUGGAUCGAGCCGAGCACGAGGGAUUGGCUGAAGAAGAAGUUGACUCGAAUCGGAGCCCGCAUUGGCUACAACGAUAACGCGCUUGACUUGAAGCUGGCCAACGAACUCGCCGAAAUGCUAGUGAUCCCAGAUGAGAUGUCCCCCAUCGAGCAGGUGAUGAUCAUCGGCCGCGCGUCUUGGAUGGACAGCAAAAUGGAUAUCGGUGACAGGAUUGACGACGUGACGAUGGUCAACGCCUACAACUUGGACGGCGACCAUAUUGCCAUCCCAAUGGCCCUCAUCCGGCUUCCCUUCUUUGCUUCUGACGCGCCACUCGAGGUCCACUACGGCGGCGUCGGCUUCGUCAUCGGCCACGAGUUUACCCAUACCUACGAUGGAUGGCACGAGCGGGGCUUGCCGCGCGGAGACCCGGGCAACGACACCGACGAGUUCUACGAGAAGCAACAAUGUCUGAUCGAUGAAUUUGGGAACGUCGAGCAUCAUAGCGAGUUCUACAACGUGACCGUCGUGGGCGACGGCGACACCCAGAAGCGAGAGACCAUUGCCGACAACAACGGCGUGCGCACGGCGUUCAGGGCCUACCGUAAAGAACGUCUCCGCCUCUUCGGCAACAACCCCCCGAAGUGGCCGGGACUGCAGAAGUACACGAAUGAUCAGAUGUUCUUUAUUGCUGUUGCUCAGGGUUGGUGUGGCCGCGUACCCGAUGUCAAAUCUGAGGACGACCACUGGCAAGCCGGUCCCCACCCACCCGGCCGUAUUCGCCUCAACGAGAACAUGAAGAAUUUCGAGCACUUUGGGCCUGCGUUCAAGUGCCCGCUGAACUCGCCGAUGAACCCGGAGCACAAGUGCCGCGUGUGGCGUCGCAUCAAGAAGCAC